AUGGCACUUGCACUCAAGCUGAAGGGAAAUUUCAGCAUCUUUAUUAUUCUUUCAGUUUCAUUGUUUUGCUUAUACUCAGAGACUGCUGAAGAUGAUCUGCAAGGACAAAGCGUGGUAAAGGCCUUAUCAUGCUUCGACAAUAAGCUUGAGUUUGUGUAA